GUUAGGCCCCAUUACCUUUUUGCCCAAUUUCCAAUAUUUACCUGAUCCUUUCAAAUCAACAUCUUCAGCCUUCUUCUCACAGCCUUGGGUGCCAUCACCAUUGCCCCCCUGCAGCGGCUGACUAACCGAUUAGACGUCAUCCUUGGUUUGGUCCCUGUCAAUCUUGACCUUGCACCUGGCACCCGGCGCCCAUCUACCGGGUUCGCCAUCUAGAGUGCCGUAUGUACAACACAGCACAGCGUACAGCGUACAGUUACCUAUCUACCGCCCGCUGUGCUGCGCAUUUACUGUGAUCUCUCUGCAGUGCGUAUCUGCAACCACCCCUCGGCCUAUUCUGGCCCCAGGCCUAGAAGCAUCAAGAGACCCAUCGACAUCUAAUCAACUCUGUGGCCCGGGGGGGCAUCAUGUUCUCUUCGUACUGAGACUCGACGUCAAAUAGCCCUCGUUCCCGGCCUCGAUGUCUCGGUUCUCCUCCUCUCUUUCCUUACCAUCAGUCUCAUUAUCAGUAUCAGACUACAGUCUCAAUCUUGCAUCAAGCUCAACAACACGUAUACAUACACUCACAUUUACAUCUGCAUCUUGCUCCUGCUCCUGCUCCUGCUCCUGCUCACGGUAUACGCCUAUCAAACCACUCUGUCUAGGUAGCUCAAAUUCUUCCAUUACCUCCUUGCUGUCUGACAUAAUAAAAGCGUAGUCAGCAUAAGUCGUUUUUUCUAACGUACACCCACCACACACACUACCUCUUCAAAGUACAAGCCCAUCUUACGGGCUACAUAUCAACCACCACGGAUCCCAGAAGAAGAGCCAUUAUGUCUCGCUCCGUGUCAUCUUCACGGGGCUCUGAGUCUCCAAUGGAGCCUGAACGUGCGCACAGAGCCUGUGAAAAGUGUACUCGUACCAAAAAGAAAUGUGAUAAAGCAUUGCCUGCUUGUUCUCGCUGUACGAGGCUUGCAACUACGUGCUCCUAUGAUUUUAUCUACACGGCCCCAACAACCGCUGUUGUGGAACCUGGAUAUCUUGCAGGAUCUACACCCAAAGAAGCAUAUGGACAGGGUAUCUUUGACCCUGCUUUUGAUGUUUCCAGCUCAAUGGUAAUGGCGUUGCUGUCAUCGCGCAACAUUCCUUGGCGCGAGGCAACCGAACGCUACUUUGAGACUAUGAAUCCCUGGUUCUCUGUAAUCCAUCCAGAACUCUUUGCCAUCCGUACGGACAACCUAGGGUCAGGGGCCAGCUCCAAUGCCGAUCAAGGACCCCGCGACCCUGCUGUUGCUCUCCUAAUCGUCUGCAUGCAGCUCGUCUCUCAGUACGAUGAUGAAGCUGCUGCCGCGAGCACCAAUGUCAAUGAGGGUAAGGACAUGAUCGAGAUGCCAGCGUACAGGGCUGCCAAACGAGCCCUGAGCGUCUUACGUGGUCUUUCUGCUCCUAGCAUUGAACUUGUCCAAUGUUCCAUCCUGCUGGCACUCUUUGAGUUUGGCCACGGUGAUGUAAUGCGUGCCUAUGUGAGUAUUGGAGAUGCAAAUACCAUGGCCAUGGUCUUGCGCAUCGGCCCUGGGAAGUAUAUCGAAGCUGAACGAGAGGCCAAUAUUCCUUAUGAGGAGGAAGAACGCCGCUGUGUCUAUUGGAGUCUUUUCGUCCUCGAUCGUCUCAUCCAUGUCGAUUGCUCUCUCAUCCAUAUGCCACUUCAAGUACCGUCCCCAGCCGCCGAUGAUCUACUGCCAACAAGCAAUCUCAUUUGGCACAAUCAGAAUCAAUCGCCCACGCGUUCUGUUCAGCGACACCCUGCGAGCGUGGCCCCUUCGGUACCUCUGGGGCCAUUCCAGAGAAAUUGUCAAUGUGCAAUGCUCUAUACGAGAGCCUAUUCUCCGAAACCCCAAGGGAACCCCAAUGCCUUGUUAGAGGAGUAUGUCGAACUAGAUAUCGCAACACGUGCUCUAGUCGAGGCUAUGAUCAUGCAAACUUCUCGUUGGGGAGAUUUCUACGAGUGUUUCGCCACUUGUACAUGCCUCCUCCUUUUCCUUUACUGUCGCCAACUUCGCGCCGCCAACACCAUAUCCGCUGCAGGGCCCUUUUCUCCGACCGCCGAUGAUAUCGCCCCUAAAGCCAUCGCCGGUCUUAAUUUCACAAUCCGUAUUAUUGCCGACACUACAACCGACUUGAACGACCAACUCGCCCAUCGCCCUCACCUUCUCGCCCCCUGCUCACCUGUCACGCCAUACUCGGCAUAUCACUGCCUCAUGGUCCUGAGCCACCUCGAGCAUCUAAUCCCCGAAGCUGACACAAGGUUUCACAACAUAUUUGCGUCAUUGCACUUUUUUGCUAAGAGAUGGGGAGUCGCUGGUAAGUUCUGAAGUUACUAGCAAGACUCGCAGUUCAGGAUCGAGCCGCGGAGCAGAAACCGACAUAGUGGAAAGGCAUCUGACUCUAUACAGGACAACUUGUCAACAAGGUUGAAAUGUUUCUAGCAGACGCUGACGAGACACAAUGGUGCUUCAUGGAUGAAUGAGGCAACCACGACGAAAGCUAUAUAGACGCAUCAUGUUUAUCACAUCAUGCCAUCCAACCGAAACGGCUAAAUAUUGGGUAUUGGCUAGGACGAAUUGCAAGACCUCUGUGGCAAUAUUGACAUCUUUUUGAGCUCUUAUAUCACAGUUCUACAAGGCGAGACAUUGCCUCACUAGCUUGGCAUACCGCGAGGCUUCAAUUAUUUCUAUUCGUUUACAAUCGAAGAUAAAUGCGUAUACCAAAGCACAGGCGCGAUUAUAGUACACAACAUCUCCAGCUAGACGGCCGGCUUCUCAGUCUAUCGGCGUGGAAAGCAAAAUGCCCAAGCAUCGCUCCUAUAACUUGGAAAUCGCUCAACAAGUAACACAAUCCGUCAAAAUAAUCGCUCACAUGCAAACAUUAAGCAUCUCAACUGUGGCUCGUUCUUGUCGAGAUCACCAAGUUUCGAUGGAUUCAGGAUAACCUUUGGUCCUUUACGCAUUACGGGGAGUUUCCCACGACCAAAAUCAGCAGCAUGCCAUUGAGGAUACAUGAGACGACGAAGGUAGUCCACACCGCCAGCAGAUGUGGAAAUGACAGUCGGUCGUGCCGGUAUAACGUCAUACCGAGGGCACUACAGGCGGUGAACAAGCUCGCAACAACACCAACGGUGACGCCCGCGUCAACUUCAGCUCUAAGCCUGUGUCGGCCAGUUGAAAUAAGCGUGCCUGCCACAAGGAGGAGCAAGAAAGACACGGCAAAGGAGCAGAUCGUACCCCAAAACAAGGUCUUCUCACGGUACAAGUGUGCCUGCUGUUGAUUUAGGCUGGGAAGGGCAUAGUGCGUGGCAUAUCCAGUCGUGGGGAAGCCAUCUGAACUAGCAUAUCCUACUUCCUCGUCCGACUCGCUGCUAUUGUUGAAGGUCGUGCUGGAGUAUUGGUAAGGUGAAUGGUUGGCACCGAGUAGAGACUGGCGCUCCCGGGUGUUGUUGUGCUUGAACCAACCCCUUGCCUUCUUCAUGGGUGCUUUGAGGGCAUUCUGCAGAUAGUCGAAUCCCGGAAAACUGGUGCUUUCAUCUGGGUUUAUAUAGAUAGCAUAUCCAUCAUCAUCAGCUGCACAUUCACUCCCGUCGUCAUAUUCGUUCCAGUACUUGGCAGGUUCUUCCAUCUGCGGUGGAGGUAAGAAAUCGAACGUAGGUUGAGCACGACUGGUGGCGUGACGAUUUGUCGAGUUGAGAGAUCCUGCAAGGGAUUGACGUCGGUAUGACUGAGCUGGUGAUUCUGGUGAGCUAGGUUCGCUCAAUACGGGGGCGGCAGAAUUGAGUGUGCAUGUGAUGUCGUCAUAACGUUGUUGUAAGGAGGAAAAGUCACGGCGAGUGAAACUUUUGGGGUCGGAGAGAACGUUCUCAUAGAGACGAAC